AUGGCUCAAUCACCAGAUCUCAACCCUUUGGAGAAUCUUUGGAAAAUUCUUAAAGAUCAAACUCAAUGCUGCAAGUUAUUUCCAACAACAAUAUUGUCUAAUUUAGUUGAAAGUAUGCCAAAAUGGGUUAAAAUG